GCCUGUAUGUAAAAUGCAUUAAAUGGAUUGUUACAUUUGCCCUGAGAACAACCUUCUGACAUAGAUGCCUUCCAUUAGGACGAUGAUGAUCUGACACUCAGCCCAUUUACUUAACCACUGUAUAUCCCCCUUCGGCUAACCGUGCUUCCCAGGCUGCUGGCAGCGGGUUACAGCUUUGUCAAGAUGGCUAUGCCCAACAUGGUUUGAGGCUCCCAGGGCCAUGGCCGGUGGCAGCAUUGUCCAAGUCACCAGAGUGUACUUACUGUAUAAAUGUUUUGUGAGUUCCAUAAUGGGAAGGAAAAGGUUUCUUGCAGAACAUAAGUUAUUAGGAAACAUUAAAAAUGUGGCCAAGACGGCUAACAAGGACCAUUUGGUUACAGCCUAUAACCAUCUUUUUGAAAGUAAGCGUUUCAAGGGUACUGAAAGUGUAAGUAAAGUGUCUGAGCAGGUGAAAAACGUGAAGCUUAAUGAAGAUAAACCCAAAGAAACCAAGUCUGAAGAGACUCUGGAUGAGGGUCCACCAAAAUAUGUAAAAUCUGUUCUUAAGAAAGGAGAUAAAACCAACUUUCCCAAAAAGGGAGAUGUUGUUCACUGCUGGUAUACAGGAACACUACAGGACGGGACUGUUUUUGAUACUAAUAUUCAAACAAGUUCAAAGAAGAAGAAAAAUGCCAAGCCUUUAAGUUUUAAGGUUGGAAUAGGCAAAGUUAUCAGAGGAUGGGAUGAAGCACUCUUGACCAUGAGUAAAGGAGAAAAGGCUCGACUAGAAAUUGAACCAGAAUGGGCUUAUGGAAAGAAAGGACAGCCUGAUGCCAAAAUUCCACCAAAUGCAAAACUCAUUUUUGAAGUGGAAUUAGUGGAUAUUGACUGAAAUAGCAAUGAUUCUGAUACAGACAUCAGCAACAAUAAAACAUGGCCUUGAAGAAACUUACGUAACUAAUUAGAGCUGGGUACUAUUUUAACGGAAGACUCAACUGGAAAAUUCAAGAACGCAGAUAUUGUUUACCCCGGCCCCCACUUUUUAAUAUAUGUAAUCCAUUAUAAUUCCUUAAAGUUUGAAAUAUUUUACUACAGCUGUCUGUAUAAAAUACUGGUUAAGGAGAACUUUCCUUUUACCUCAUGUUGUAAACUAAAAGGCUCAAUAAAAUGUAUUAGUGUCUCGAUUUA